AUGACCUUCGCGAUGGAGUUGGUACCUACUGAACGAGCUAGAUGCAACCGCUAUGAGCAAGGCCUGAAUCCCCAGAUCAAGAUGAUAGUAGCAAAAUCAGAGACGAAUGAUCUUGCCACCUUGAGAGAGGCUGCCAUGAGAGCAGAGGAUUUGGUGAAUGAAUUGGGAGCACAGAUGGCUGAAGGAGGGAAGAGAAAGUGGAAGAACGUGGGUUCCUCGAGUGAUGGGAACUCAUUCGGGGGUAGACCUAAUCAGAGUCAGAAGGUUUCACGUCCAACCGCCAGUUACCCCAGACAAGAGCGGAGAAGUGUAGGCCCAGCUCCUAUUUGCCCACAUUGUGGGAAUCAGCACAUGGGUGUUUGUAUGAGAGUGACUGGUGGGUGUUUCCGAUGUGGAGACACUAGCCACUUUCUCCGCGAUUGUCCCCACAUGUCAGAGUCCAGGACUGCUGGAUCCCAGACUACAAUUCAAGGGUCCAGAAGGACUGGAGGUCCAAUGAGAUGA